AAAAGGGCGUCCUGCCCCCAAUCGCGUAAAGACGCAGUGACAUAUGCAUGAAUGGAACCAUAAAGCGCGCACAGUCCCUCAGCUCCUACUCCUAAUUACUCUACCCAAGUGCGAACCUCUCCAAGUCCACGUUGGAUCCGAAAGACAUGCUCUCAAACGCGAGCUUCUUGUUGCAUUCGUACACGAGGAGUCUCAACUUGACGCACGGCUCUCAUUUCAGAAACGAGACUUUGCUGGUUCAUGCCUGGAAAGAAAGAAUUACUUUACCAAUAUUUAUGUUUGCUGGAGGCGCCAUUGGGAAUAUAAUAGCAAUCGUCGUCCUGUCGAUGUCCAGACAAGAGAGGAAAAGUUCCGCAUUCUACACUCUGGUGUGCGGUCUGGCAGUGACCGACCUGCUGGGCACAUGUCUGGCCAGCCCGUUGACCAUCGCCAACUACUUGGACCGACAGGUGCUCCAAGGCGGGACCCUGUGCGACUUCCACUCCUUUUUGCUGCUUUUUUUCAGUCUGACUGGCCUGAGCAUCAUUUGCGCCAUGGCAGCGGAGCGCUACCUGGCAAUAUGCUGCCCCUACUUGUACCAGCGGUGGGGGGUGGACCGCCGAUUUGCGCAAACCUUCUUGACGUCCAUGUACGCCACUAACGUCCUUUUCUGCUGUCUCCCGAUGACGGGCGCGGUGAGGAGCAGGUUGCAACCGUCCCAAACGUGGUGCUUCGUUGACUUAAGGACCCCCGAGCCCGUGGCCGCGGUGUACUCGGUCCUGUACGGCGCGGUGAGCGUGCUGCUCAUCGUGGGCACCGCCGCGCUCAACGUGGCCGUGUGCGGCGCGCUGCUGCUCAUGCGUCGGAGGAGCGUGCGGAGGAGGACCGAGAGCCGCAGGAGCAGUGUGCGGGACAGGUGGAGGGCGCUCUCUUCUGCUGCGGAGAUCCAGAUCAUGACCGUGCUGGUGAUGACAUCGCUCGUUGUGGUGGCCUGUUCGGCUCCACUGGUGGUCCGUGUGUUCGCCAACCGUCUCAUGCUGAAAGAUGACUCAGAAGCCGACCUGGCCGCCAUCCGGAUCGCGUCCGUUAACCCCAUCCUAGACCCCUGGAUCUACAUCCUUCUCAGGCGGUCUCUGUUUCGCAGACUACUAAGUCUGUCCAGACAAUGUCGGACUCGCAGCAGUAGCGUCCUGCUCACACAAGGGCGUCUCUUUUAUUCUGAACACGCUAAGGACAGCCAUGCGUUCAGUCAAAUGAUGCACGCUAGUCUUAGAAUUUCCUUUCCUGAUGACUGUCUCAGUGCCAGACAUUCACAUUGUAGCUCUUAAAUUCAUAGACUGAAGGCUGGUGCUUAUUAUUUAAUUUGAAGGAGGCGCACAGACACUUUUGUUACUUUUGAAAAAGGACAUUAGGCUGCAUGGAAAUGAUCCCAUCCAUUUUCUUGAACACUGCGGGUCAGAAGGAGGCUGAUGUCCCAGCUGAUGGGGUACACACUGAUCACCUGUCAAAUCACAGAACUGACUCACAGAGACAGACAACCAUUCCCACCCAUGCUAUAAAGAGUCUUCAGUGUACAUAAACAUCCAAUUGUACUAGUAUUGGAUGUUUAAGGACAAUAUGAUGACAUACAUGCUUACAGUGAAGUGUAAAAAGAAGGAAAGAAGGUAAGGCCGAAUAUUUAUUUCGUGCCAUACACUCACCCAGCAUUGUCUUGACUCUAAUUUUGCGUGUGUAUUUUCCUCAUGUUGCAUCACUCAUCAAACCCCAUGCAGCAUAUCACAUUGCUGAGAAUCAGUCGGUUGAGUUGCACAUCCCAGGACAAGACUUUGGUUCAUCCUGAAGAGAUGCUGAUGUUUUAGCUCAAAGUACAAACCGACAUGUUAGAUCUUUACGGGAUGGGAGUAAAAAUAAACAUCAACUAUGAUGUCUGUAGUUUUACCUUCUAUAUAAUUUAAACCACAUUAAUAUAAGAUUACAACUCCAAAUUUCCUGUCGCUCCAGCUUUGGACACACUCUCUAGAUCAGGAAGUUAAACAGAGCGGGAGUCCAAUACCUCAGGGCAAAUCCAUGGACAUUCUUAAAUAAAAUCAGAUGUUUAUUUACGGUACUUAAAUAAUGUGUCCAGUGUGCCAUCCAUUCAAUUAUUAUGAAGUAACAACGCUCUCAAGCUUGGUUUGGGGAGAGAGCAUUCUGUCGAUUGUGUUUCAUCUGCAUCGUAUGUUUUUAAGUGGAGUGAUCGAACCAGAUGUGCACUCUUAAUGUUUUCCUACGAAGGGAAGGAGGUUUGUAGUAUUGUUGCAACUCAAACUUGAAGCUGACGUAUGGUGAGUGGUUUCUCAAUCUAACAAACCAACUGACAUUCAGUGAUACGCAAAGACUAAGGUCAUUUGUGCGUGCCUUAUUUGGAAGUACAUGGUUUCAUUGCCUGGAUUAUUUUCUUCACAAGUCCAUUCUUUUAUAGCCGCAGAUUGAUGUCAUUUGUUGCUACCCAAACCCUGAAAUUGCAUUUAUGCAAGGAAAAACAUUUGGUCGACUUCAAUAUUCUAUUUAUUUAGUUUAACAUUUAAAAAUAGCAUUUUUGAUUAGAAGCAGAGACAACGGCUCAUAGCUGCACUGCUGUAAAACAACAUUUUGUACCUUAACAACCAUAAAUAAAAAUCUAUAACCUUAGCCAGGUAAAAACCUCACACAAAAAGAAUAAUCAUACAAGUUUACAAACAAUCCAACUCGUUAUUAACACGGACUGUACAUCCCAGUGAGCAACCUCGGUUCCGUGAAAAUGAGCAGAUAUCCAAAUAGCAUCCACGAGACUUGAUAAUGACAAUCAGAAAAUUAUAGGAUCAACUUUAAUGACAUGGCAAAACCUCUGUGGCCUUUUUGUUUUUGGCAACAUGAUCAAGGAACACAAUAUGAGUAGUACUUAUAAA